UCGCACUUCGGCUUCCCUGUCUCUUUAUUGCCUGUGCUCCCCUGGUUCCCAGGUUGCAGCGCGGCAGCAGCUCUCGCUCACGGUCGCAGCACCUCCGGCCUCCGCUAUCGGACUUGACCUCUCGUCCUCUCCAUCCAGGUCUUCUCUCCCUCAACCAAGCUCUCAGUUGUGCUUCUUGUUCAUCAAAUUGAAAACCUAAUUGACUCUGUUAUCUAUCAACUACAGCCUUCGUUAUCACUGUGACCAUAUUUUGUCAUGGAGAAUGUGCGUGAAAAGCAGUGGAUUGGGCUUGAUGGGCAGAUGUUCCAUGAAAUGAUUUAUCUUAUAUUGUUACCGUCUUAACUGGGUUUAAAAUUGUAGCUCUAUAUCUUAUGAAAAUUGUUUCUUAGGUUUUAUUUCUUUGAAAGUCGUAGUUUUAGCAGUUCACACUAUCAACAUGUGGCCCUUUUGAUUUGGCAAUUGAAAGAGAUGAUAAUGACUUGCUCUAAUAUAUAUCUAUAUACAAAGUUCAUUAGCCAUUGGCUGUACUUACAGGAAACAAAAUUGAAUCGGCUUAGUGGUGAAAAGAAGCGCUGAACGCUAUCCUUAUUUAUGUUAAUUUUUAAGCAACUGUUUGCUUAUCAUUUGAUAGUUCUAAUACAUGUGUUAUUUUACUAAUUAAUGUAAUUGCAGCAUUUUGCAUGACAGUAUUUCUGUUAAGACUUUCCACAUGGUCAAUCAACUCCCCAACUCAUCUUUGUAGACUAUCCUGUAUUUUCCUUUCCUAGAAGUUCUUUGUUCCAAAAUCUUUAAUUAUUUUAGUAAAAACGAAAUUUUGUUGGUGACUGACUCCAAUUCAAUUGAUUUUCAAUUCUGAUUUUUGAAAUCAAUUUUCGUGGGAUGUUUGCAUUUUAAUGCAUUUCCAUUGUCUUUGGAGCUAUUGUCCAAAAGAUAGUAUUCACUUGCUCAAUGUGGUGUGUUGGUCAUGGUUUCAUUUAGAAGUUUUGCUUACUUAGAUUUGCCAAGAGAUUGGGCUGUAUUAUUGCACUUUUGAUUAUUUUUGUUACCUAUUUUUCUAUGUAUAUGUUUUCCCUAGAUUCUUAUCGGAGGGUCUUAUUCUCCUUUUCUAUGGAUCUCAUCUUCCUUGAUAAAAAUAUAUAUAUUUUAUCAAAUUUUUUUUUUUUAAAGAGAUGAAACUCUUUGGAAAGUCAUGGCACCUUCAAUCAUUCUUGAGCUUGAAGGUCUGCUGGAUGUAACGUACUAUUCUUUGCAAUGACUGCUUAGGUUCCAACAGCUGUGUCAUAUACUUGAAGAAACAGAAGUAUAGCUGCUUUUAUUUGAAAGAAUCACUAUUAUCUAGAGAACAUGAAAGUGGAAGAGGUUAAUCGGUGCCAGAUUCAGGAAUGGUAUCCAAAAUUUAAAUCAGUAUCCAUCAAGACCAUAAUCCAUCAACUUCCAGAAUCUUUCGUUGACUACCUUCUCAAUGACUCUGGGCUCUUCUUGUUGCCAGUUUCUGUCUCAAAUGAAGAUCCCUUUCCCAAUCGAAUUCAUAAUCCUGAUGAGGAAGAUGAUUAUCAAGUUUCAGAAGGAUCUGGUGACGAAGCAGAAGAACCUUCACCACCUCCUUCUUUUCCAGAACUUGAAUUGAAAGUUAAGGAAUCCAUUGAAUCCCUUGGAGGUGCAGUCUUCCCCAAGCUGAAUUGGAGUGCACCAAAAGAUUCUGCUUGGAUAAGUACCACUGGUACCCUCCGGUGCACCACUUUCGGUGAAAUUGCACUCUUGCUCCGAUCAUCUGACUCAUUGGUCCAUGACUUGUGUCAUGCUUAUGAUUCCAGUGAUGAUAAAUCUUCAUCUAGGCCCCAAAACUUCUUCCUUGCCCUUCGCAAGUGGUACCCAUCCCUUCGGCCAGAGAUGGAGUUUCGGUGUUUUGUUCGAGGGAAGAAACUAAUUGGCAUUUCGCAGCGUGAGGUGACUACUUUUUAUCCUGCUUUGGUUGAAAAGAGGAAUGAUCUCCUCUUAGUCAUGCAGGUUUUCUUUAACAAUAAUGUGAGAGCUGUAUUUGAAUUAGAACACUACACAUUUGAUGUUUACAUUACAAAGGAUGAGAGGGUUAAGGUAGUGGAUUUCAACCCAUGGGGUGCUUUUACAUUGCCAUUGUUGUUUACAUGGGAGGAACUUGAGCAGAUUCUUAAUGACGGAGAUAGUGUGGAGUUCAGGAUUAUUGAAGAUCGUUGUGCUGUUAGGCCAGGGCUCAAGACAGCAGUUCCAUAUGAUUACUUGGAUACCAGCCCUGGAAGUGGUUGGGAUCAAUUUCUGAGGAAUGCAGAUGAAGAGUUGCAAAGACAAUCUAGGUCCCGAGAAGCUGGUGCCUGAGAGGUAGAUGUUUGGACUUGUCACUUGAUUUUUAGAUUUGAGUUGGCAAAUAGAACUAUAACACAUGUGGGGACGAUCUCUGUGGGUUGACUGCUAUUUUGGUCGUUUGAGAGAUACUUGUUUCAUCUGUCUAUCUUUUAUCAGAUAAUUACUAUAUUUAUCAUAUUAGUCUGAAAUUGUUGGAAAA